AUAAUUAUAUAGCGCCAUUUGUCGGUCAUUGCAUUGAAAAAGGGUGGGGCGGCUGAUGCAGACUAGCUUACAGAGCAUGCGCAAAACAGCUUGUAGUUCAUUGUAGCUGGUUGUGAUAUUCAAUUGCGUGAUGUCUUUGUUCAAGUUUAAGUAUUCAGCCAUCAUGGCCAAUGAAGCAGAUAUCAAGAGUGAAUGCAAAACACUGGAGGAGGAAGCAGAGAGUAUAGUCAUUGUGGAUUACAAGUUGAUCGGUUUUGAGUAUGGUGCUCCUGUGGCAGUGUCUCGCCCGAGCAACUAUAGGGACAGGUUGCUCAUGGCAACGGCAUGCUGCUGCUGCUGUGGACUGGCAGCUGUUAAAUGCUCCAACGAUGUCAACUCCAAGCUAAGAGUUGGGGACAUGGAAGGAGCGAGGAAAGCUUCUGACAAGGCACUCUGUUUCACCAACACUGCUGUGAUGACUGGCCUAGGCAUUCUAACCGCCAUUAUUCUGCUUUUCGUGGCUAUUCUGUUGGUACUUAUAUUUAUAUUCAUUGAUGCAGCUUCUAAAGGAUUUCGUUUCUAA